AUGAGAAACACUGAGAUACUCCGUUCUACAAAUCUUAUAAUUCUGCUGGAGGAUGAAAUCUUUGCUGAUUUUUUCAAUACAUUUCUUUCUCUCCCGGUUUUUGGUCAGACCCCAUUUUAUCUUGUUGAAAAAUCUCAGUGGAACUUGUGGCCAGAAAUACCUCGUGACUUGAUUGCCAAAUACAAAGGACUAUUGACCUGGUUGGAAAAAUAUCGGUUACCUUUCUUCUGCAAAACAAACUUGUGUUUCAAUUACAUUCUCUGUCAGGAAUUAAUCAGUUUCAUUAAGUCUGAAGAAGGAGCCAAGAUGAUGAGAUGGAAGACGGCAGACCAGUGGCUACUGGAGAAAUGCAUUGGCGGAGUCAGAGGGAUGUGGCGCUUCUGCUCCUACCUCAAGGGCAGCGCAGGUGAAGAGCUGGUGGAUUUCUGGAUCCUUGCUGAGAAGAUCCUGAGCAUAGAUGAGAUGGACCUGAAAAUGAGAGACUACUACCUGUCCCUCCUUCUCAUGCUGAAGGCCAACCAUCUGCAGCCGGGGUCCAGGGUAGUAAAGCUCUGCAACGUGAACAUCAACUCCCUCCUGAACCUCUCCAUCUGGCAUCCCAACCAGUCAACCACCAGAAGGGAGACCCUGAGCCACAUGCAGAAAGUGGCUCUGUUCAAAGUCCAGAGCUACUGGCUCCCCAGCUUCUACACCCACGCCAAGGUGGCAAUGGCCAGUGAGGAGGCAUGCCAGGGCCUGAUGCAGGAGUAUGAGACUCGCCUGUACAGCGUUUGCUACACCCACGCGCGAGAACUCCCUCUGAACAUGAGCAUCAGGAAGAGUUUCCAUUGCCAAAAACAGUACUCAAGCAAGAAGGCCAGGAGGAGGAUGUGGCACAUGGCAGAAACGGACUCUCACUUUCUGGAAACCAGUCCCAAGCCGGAUAGCAGGACUAUGCCUACACAGGAGAUGAGUUCUCAGAAGAUGGUGACACAGAUGUCUUCCCUGACAGUGGCUUCUUCAAAGGAGUCAAUAAUCAGUUCCUUAGAAAAUGAUGAUCCCUGUGCUAAGAAGUUCACUAUGAAGAAAUCCAAGGACCACCUCCUCAUGGAGGGCCUCUUUGAGACAAAGUUUUCCACCCAAAUGAGGACUUCCACCCCUAUCAUUAAUUAUUCUUCACAGAUGACAAUCCAUAAGGCCAUGAGGAAAAGCUUCCCCUUGGGGUACACAUAUUGGGCCCUGUGUGCUGACAUCCAUGCAGGGAGUCCCUUCCGGCACUACCUAAAGAAGAUGAAAUUGAAAGUGGAGAGACAACUCCUGGACCUUUGGCAGGACCUACACCAUUUCCUGCGUGUUCUGAUGAAUAACAGGAAUAAUGGAAAUGCCAUCUUUCGUCACAUGCUGGGUCACAGGAUCUGUGAGCUCUACUUGAAUGAGCAGCUUGGUCCAUGCUUACCACUCAAAUCUCAAACCAUUCAAGGCCUGAAAAAGCUGCUGUCUUCCGGGGAUGUGACCCCCUGGAUUCCCAAAGCCCAGAGGGAAAUUUGCAAGAUACUCAGCCCCUGCUAUAAUGAGUUCCUGAAUGAAGAGGACUACUGGUUUCUUGUUUUUACAACUCAGACACGGUUCAUCAAAAACCGGUGCCAUAAAAGAAAAUCUAUAAGCAAAGAAGAGAACAUUCUUCUUUAUAAGAGGAUUCAGAAAUCUCUGGAGUUAACCCAGGCCUUGGCUAACAUGGAGAAAAUGGAUUCAAUGCAGUGGCCAAACGUAGCGACUGAGAACCUACGCCAAGCUGGGUCUCUCCAGGUAGAACUGCAGUCUCCAGUGUUUCUGGAAGACAUAAACAACCUGACUUUUGAGGAACUCUGCUUUAAGUAUCCAAAGGUGGCCAUAAAGAAGAUCAGUGAAGACUACAAGUUAUACUGUGAGAAAGCACCUCUCACAGAUUUUAAAGUGCAAAUUGUCAAGGAACCAAAGGUAAUUACAGCCCCACAAAGGAAAAUAUCCUUCUCCAAAAAAUCUGGUACUAGGAAGCCCUCAGUGAGACCCAGGAACUUGACAGAAGUCCUCCUAAAUUCACAAUACCUGGAGCUCUUCAGGGAGUUCCUCAGAGAACAUAACGCGGAAAGCCCAUUACUAUUCCUGAUAGCUGUACAGAGGAUGAAUUCGAAAGCCAACGAGAAGACUUACAGGUCUUCAUUGGAAAACAUAAUCCAGACUUUCUUCCAUGGCAAAAUCCCUCCUGAAGAAAUGCUGCAGUGCGAUGCCCCUCUCAUCAAAGAAGUCACUGAAAUGAGUCAAGUCAGUACAACCACAUUGCUAAUGGUCCAGAGCCACGUCAUGAAAUCUCUGGAUGAAAAGUGGUUUAAGGAUUACCAAGAUAUAUUCCCGUUUCCUCCUCCUUCUCCGGAGGUGGAGUCUGAAGCACCAGCUCUGCCUAAGAAGCCCUCAAAGAUAACAAUGUACCUGCAGGAAUCCCAGAAAAAAGGGUGGCUGAAAAUGACCAGCUUUAUCAAGAGCUUUUGCAAGUACCGCAAAUUUAUUUCAAAUCCCAGUAAGCGCCAGGAAUUUAUAGACUAUCUUCACUUGGAAAUGUGCAAUAGCAAAGACAAUUUCCCCGGGUCAUCCAGUUUAUCAGUACGUCCAAUCCCAUUGUCCACCAACAUCCAGAGUGCAGACCCAGAGAAUGGAGAGAUGACCCUUCUAAAGCGCCGUAUAUAUGGUCACAGGGUCAUCAUUGUCAACUUUGCAAUUAAUGAUUUAUAUUUCUUAUCUGAAAUUGAGAGAUUUAAUGAUUUGGUGAGUUCAGCUCAAAUGCUGCAGGUCAACAGGACAUACACUGAGAAUGACCUACUGCUGCUGCGGGCCAAAAUUAACAUUAUCCUAAGGCUCUUCCUGAAUUCUGACAUCCCUCCAAAGCUGAGGGUGAAUAUCUCUGAGUCCCAGAAGGAGGCUAUCCUUGCUGCAGUUUCAGAGGGCCACCUAGAUCGGACCACCUUCCACGGGGCUGUCAUGUCCAUCUUCCCCGUCAUUAUGUACUUCUGGAAAAGGUUUUGUACUUGGAAGGCAGCCCACUCUUACCUGCAACACAUGGGAAAGGGAAUGAAAGACAGAAAAUGUGCUUCUAAACCUGCAUACAAAUACCCUCCUUCAAGUGGAGGAGACCAGGGCGUCCUAAGAUUCACCCUGCUCAGAGGUGUGGAGUGGUUUGGGCCUCAACAGCGGGGGGAUGCAAGUUCAAUCCAAAAUUCUGAAUGGGGGAGGCCACUGUGGAACACUGCCAUGAUCCCUGAGUCCAAGCAGCCCUAAGAUCUGACAAAAAUUGCUCCAACCCAAAAAGAAGAAGUAAUCAAGUCAGGCUCCACUGAGACAAAUCAUCUCUCAGACGCCUCCCAAUGCUGUCAAAACCUUUUCUGGUCAGAAAUGAAAUGCCCUGAUGCCAUCUGCCCCUAGAAAAAUCAAAAAGGGACUAGGACAACAGCUCAGACAUGGCAGGAGAAGACCGUAGUGGGAAGCACAAACAAUCCAUUCACACCAAAGAGUGACAGAAAGAGGGAGAGGAAAGAAGAAAGAACAAGAGAAAUGGAGAGAUCUGCCUCCACCUUCACACGAGCCUUUUCAGAUACUUGUGUCAGAGUGACAUGAAAUCUCCCCCUUUUCUACAGCUGUAGACAAAACAUCUGCCCCUCAUUUUGAGUGCCUCCAACUGUUCCAAGUGUCACCCCUGAGGAGGGGGUGGCCCAUGUCUAUAGUGCUUCAGAGUGCCAGUCCUCACCCCUACACCUCCAGCAGGACUGUGGGUCACUAGCCAAAAUAAAGCACAUCCACACUCAA